AAUAUACGCUGAGAUUUAUUGUUUCCCAGAUUUGUCUCUUCAUUUCUUAACACUGAGAACCCUUGUAACUUCCUUUUGUAGUGGAUUUUUGCAUCUCUUGUCAGAUUCAUUGAAGAAUCCUAGGAUAUACGUGACAAAUGGAGGAUCAAAAGCCGACGAGUUUCACGUUUGAGAUAGAUAACUUAUCUGACAAGAAAGGUCUUAUCUCAUCACCAAAAUUUUUAUGCGGCAACUGCGAAUGGUUUGUUAACGUUUACCCCAAUGGAUAUCAAAUUGAUGAACGCUUGUCUCUGCACCUCCAGGUUGCAAACCCUGAAUCAUUGCCACUUGGAUGGAAAAAGCAAGCUAGCUAUUCCUUUGCUCUACUGAAUCAAUCAGGCAAAGAACUCUACAGAACACCUGAAUCGUGCAAAAUUUUCCGCGCUCAAUUCACAGGAUGGGGUAGCCCAAAGGCCUUCACUCUUCAAAAGCUUCAAGAUAUGGGUUUUUUGGAGAACAACAAACUGAUCUUAAAGGUUGACGUAAAAGUGAUUCAAGCUGUUAAGGAAGAAGCUGUAACUGGGAAGGACAUGUUAGAUGUCCGUGGUUUCAAAGUUCUUUAUUCUCAGUUGCCUUCAGUGAAUAGGCUUUUCAGAAAGCACCCGGACGUGGCAGUGAAUUUCAAACUAAAGAACCAGUCGGUGAAGACAACAUACAUGAAUCUCCUCCUUGGUCUCAUCGAGAAACUGGACAAGCCUUCACUUAGCUUUACCGAAAUUGAGCUAAGCAACGCUCAAAGCGAGUAGAUUGAUCUAUCAGAAGCUGGCUUCGAACUAGACUGGUUGAAGAAAAAGCUUGAUGAGAUUUCUUUGGAGAGGAAGAGAGGAGUUACUGAUGGUUCUCGAGUCCAAGAACUUGAGGAAAACAUCCAGAACCUCAGCCUUGAACUGGACAUGGAGAAGGUAAGGUAUGCUACUUGUGCUGCUAAAUUAUUGUCGUUGGAGCAGACAGUGUCCGAACUCAGGGUCGAGCUGAGCAAAGAGAAGGGAAAAUCUGAUUCUUCUGCUGCUGAAGUUUUGUUGUUGGAGCAGAUGGUGUCAGAUCUCAGAGUUGAGCUGAACAAGGAGAAUGACAAAUCUACUCCUCUUAAAGACUUGCCCGAGGGUGUUUCUCACUCUUGGGAAGUAUUAGAUUACGCCGAUCUCUGUACUAACGAAGGAGAAUGAAAACAGUCGUUUUUAUGUUUUCUCACUCACUCUUGGGAAGUAUUUGAGGGUUUUUUUAUAUGAUGUUUUAGCUGGAUGUUUUUGUUUUAAUCUAUUUGAUGUUUUGAAACU